UGUAUAAGUAAUAUAUGUCUCCUAAACAAACACAUCAGAGUUGUAGGAAAGGGAAUUGGUGUCAAAAUAACAUUUGAGGUCUGUGAAUCUUUGAAUUCUUUGAAGUCUAGCUUGCUACUGAUCUAUAAAAUGGAAAUAACUACUUCACGAGGUUGUCACAAAGCUCAAAUAGACAAUGUAUUUAUAAAAUACAAGAUGUCUAAGUUAUAAAAAGAUGCAUUACAAUUACUUCAUAAGUUAUUUAAGAUGAUAUAUUUAAUAUUCCACAUGAGUAGUUUUCCUAUAUAAUUUAAAUCCAUUUUAUUUCCAUGCUUACUACUUCUUAAAUUCGUGUGUUUGUUCUAAAAGUCAACACCUCUUAUGUUUUCUUUCUUACAGGUCUGAUUAGUACAUUCUGAGUCCCAGGACGGUGGGAAUUAACCAGUGGAUUACAGGCAUGUUGUGGAAGUUGCUGGUGAGAUUCCAGCCCUGCAGGUUGUGUUCUUUCAGAAAGAUGCCAUCAGUUCCACAAUACAGACCAUUUUUAGCAUGCUUCCCCUAUACAACUGAUAAUCAGUCAAAGAAAGAAAAUAAAAGAACAGUGGAAAAGCUCUAUAAAUUUUCAGUUGAUAUCGGGAAAAUUCGCAGAUUAAAAGGAUGGGUGCUUUUGGAGGAUGAAACCUAUGUUGAAGAAAUUGCAAAUAUUUUACAACAACUAGGUGCCGAUGAGACUGCUAUAGCCAGUAUUUUGGAACGCUGCCCAGAAGCAAUUGUCUGCAGUCCAACCACUGUUAACACCCAGAGAGAGAUCUGGCAGUUGGUCUGCAAAAACGAAGAAGAAUUAGUCAAGUUAAUAGAACAGUUUCCAGAAUCUUUCUUUAUUGUUAAAGACCAGGAAAACCGGAAGCUGAACAUUCAGUUCUUUCAAGAAUUGGGACUCAAAAAUGUGGUCAUUAGCAGAUUUUUGACAACUGCAUCUAAUAUUUUUCAUAAUCCUGUUGAAAAGAAUAAACAAAUGAUAAGGAUUCUCCAAGAGAGUUAUCUAAAUUUAGGUGGCUCUGAGGCCAACAUGAAAGUUUGGCUACUAAAAUUAUUAAGCCAAAACCCCUUCAUUUUGUUAAAUUCUUCUGCAGCUAUAAAGGAAACACUAGAAUUUCUCCAGGAGCAAGGUUUCACAAACUUUGAAAUUCUCCAACUUCUGUCCAAACUCAAAGGAUUUCUUUUUCAGCUUUGCCCAAGAAGUAUACAGAAUAGUAUUUCCUUCUCUAAAAAUGCUUUUAAAUGCACUAAUCAUGACCUGAAGCAAUUAGUUUUGAAAUGUCCUGCCCUUUUAUAUUAUUCUGUUCCAGUUUUGGAAGAGAGAAUUCAGGGAUUAUUGAAAGAAGGAAUUUCCAUAGCUCAGAUAAGAGAGAUGCCAAUGGUUCUUGAAUUAACACCGCAGAUAGUACAGUACAGGAUAAGGAAACUGAAUUCCUUAGGCUUUAGAAUAAAGGAUGGACAUCUAGCAAAUCUAAGUGGAACGAAAAAAGAGUUUGAAGCUAACUUGGAUAAAAUUCAGGCCAAAAAAGGAAGGCCAUUAUUUAACCCUGUGGCACCAUUAAAUGUUGAAGAGUAGCUUGCUGACUGAUGUUGCUGCUUUCUAGCAGAGCAGAGUGAAACUGAGUAGCAAAGACUUAAGUGAUUCAGGCAGUUUGUAGGCACCAGUAAUUUUAAGAACCUACUUAGCUUCAGAGUUGUGUUUAAGUUACCUCUAAGUAGAUAAUCGGACUCAUUUGCUCUAUUUUAAAAUAUAAAUUAUAAUUAUUUUAAAUAAAGUUGGUAAUUUUGA